CUUGCUUAAGUCUAGUCACAGCCAAAAAUUUGCUUGACCUAUAACAUAAGCAAAAUUUCAACAGAAAUGAUUUUUUCUUUUUUUGCAACAUUCUCUUUAAAUCCUCCACAUAGCAAACAAAAGUAGGAAAAGUUGAGCAGGGGGAAAAAUGCAUCUUUAUUCUUGCGGGGGGAAAAUACAGUGGCCCCCUGUCUAGAGGGUAGAUGGGCGCGAUCAUGUUGGAUGCCAAAGACCGAUCGAUGACUUACACUGCAUAAUAUUAUUAUGAAGUUUUGGCGUUCCAUAUUUUGACGUUUCAUAACACCGAUCAUUUUUAGCACCGGUCACCGCGCCGCAUCGCUACCAGCACCGCGCACACACAUGACUCAGCAAGGACCUGCACCCGGCAGUGCGUGCACCUUGUACACACUUUACUCACGUACCUAUCCCCAAUUUUGUUAGUAGGCCCAUCUUCGAUGAUAUACAAAUUUUGUUUUUGUAUUCUGCUUCCAGAGCUAGCUAGCUACAGGUCAUCAGUCAGAAUCGUCGAUAAGUGGACGGAAGCACACGGCUGUCUCUGAGUUAAGACCCCCAGCGAGUGACCUAAAUAUAACCAGUCGUCAGAAUGGACCCGCUGAACAUCUUAACUGGGAAGUACUCCCUGAGGUCCAUAAAGCCAUUGGACCUCAACAGCUGCACCAAAGAACAAAUAUUGGAGUAUUUUGAGAACUCCUUCAGCAUCAAUGAGAGCCUGUUCACGACACUUGCUUCCGAGGAUGCAUUCUACAAGUGUCCCGAUCGUCUACGUCUACCUCUCAUCUUCUACUACACUCACACCGCCGUGGUCUACUGGAAUAAGAUGAUGCUUGCUGGUCUUGUUGAGGGGCGCUUGGAUUUAUACUUUGAGACCAUGUUUGAGACUGGAGUAGAUGAACAGUCAUGGGAUGAUACGGAGAACUAUCGGAUGGGGGGCAGCUUCAAGUGGCCACCUCUUGCAGAUGUUGUGGAAUAUCGCCGCAAGGUGCGAAACAGCAUUCACAAAGUCAUCUCCGAUACACCACUGCAACUGCCCAUAAACAUGGACAGCCCCUGGUGGGCGUUGUUCAUGGGUUUUGCUCAUGAGAGGAUCCAUAUUGACACCUCUUCAGUCCUGAUUCAACAACUUCCUAUCCACUUUCUACGUCUUCCUCAUGACUGGCGAGUGGGACCCUCAUCACAUGGUGAUGGCAUGGGAGAAAACAAGAUGAUAACUGUGCCAGAGUGUGAGGUUACCAUCGGAAAACCCUACAACUUCCCCUCCUAUGGUUGGGACAAUGAGUAUCCAGAAUGUGUGAGAAAGGUUCCUGCAUUUGAGGCAACACAGUAUAUGAUCACGAACAAGGAAUUCCUGGAGUUUGUCGAGAGUGGUUGCUACGGAAAGAAGCAGUAUUGGUCCAUGGAAGGCUGGCAGUGGAGGAACUUCCGCAAGGUUAAUCAUCCGAUAUUCUGGGUCUGCACCAAAGGUUGUGUGUCCAACUGUGGUGGCGUGUUGGCUGGUUAUACUCACUGUGACCGAGGCAGAAAUGGCCAGACCAGUGGACGACAUGGCAGCAACACUACUGGCACCUCCAAUGGCUACAGCAACAGCCUACCAGAAAACAACAACGAAAACGACGAGGAGUACAGACUGCGUACAAUGUGUGAGGAGAUCGCCAUGCCAUGGGAUUGGCCAGUGACAGUCAACUACCACGAGUCCAAAGCCUAUGCUAAAUGGAAAGGCCCGCAGUAUCGUAUCAUGACUGAAGCUGAGCAUCAUGCCAUCAGAGACAAAAAUGCAUCUGACAGACUGGAUUUGUCAAGGGACCACCUUUUCCACAAUGAUCUGAAGAAGAAGUUUAAUGGAAACUUGGCCUUUGCCACAUGCACGCCAGUCAAUAUGUACCCGCCAAGCAAGUCUGGAUUCUACGACGUAUUCGGCAACCUAUGGGAAUGGAUGGAGGAUAAUUUCAACGGGCUUCCAUCUAGUGGCUCUCACUAUUUGUAUGAUGAUUUCAGCACCCCAACUUAUGAUGGAAGACAUAAUGUGAUUCUGGGUGGAUGCUGGAUUUCUACUGGUGAUGAAAUGUCUUGUUUUGGCAGGUAUAGUUUCCGUCGUCACUUUUAUCAGCAUUCGGGGUUCCGCGUCGUGCGAUCCCUGGAGUUGGAUGCCACGCUUCCUGUCACAUUGAUUUCUACUGUUACAGACAAUGAAACAUGCUUCCCAAUGGGUACGAAAGUGGAGAUGGUGCCCACUACAAACACCCAGUUCCAAUACGAGGCCCACUCGUACCUUACCGAGUUUCUCCAGGAUGACUACACAGCCACUGACGGUAACCUCCUCACCGAAGUAGCUAAGGUCUGCAAAGAGGCCGUCCAGGCCAGAGGGGGCGCCCUCUCUCGCGCUCUGGACUUGGGAUGCGGCUGUGGCAAGUUGUCCUUUGAGCUGUCCAAACUCACGACAGAGGUUGUGGGGAUAGAUUACUGCGAGUCUUUCGUCAAAGCAGCCCAGAAGAUCCAACAGGAUGGCAGCUACAAAACAAUGCUGCCUGAUGGCAAGGUCAUAGCUGUUGAAUUACCAGAGGGGACAAACCCAUCCCGCGUAACGCUUAAGCAGCUGACCUGGGUUCCGAAUGAAAUUCUAGACUUUGACCUGGUGGUGAUGCAAGGCAUCGACCGGGUCAUGAACAUGAAAGGGGUAAGACCUUAUUCACUUGUUCAUCUCUGCAAGUCUAAACCUUAGAUUCUAAAUAUAAAUAGGACUCUUAAACAUGGACUAAACGAUGCAGCUCCCAACUUGGUUGCCUGGAGGGGGUUCGAGAAAUGAAGAAAAACAAUCAGAUCCCGCUGGACUUGUUUAACCUCUUUUUGCAUACUGCAGUGGCCAUUAUAAACCAUACUAACAGAGCAUAAACGCAAUUAUUAAAUUUGUUGAAACCAAAGUUCAACAUGGUAAAAGUAGCACACGUAAAACCUGCAAGUCUUUACUCCCCACUCAACUUGCUCUGUGAUAGCCAUCAGCAAGUUUUAAAAGCCAAGAUGCUUUGCUUGUGUGCUGUAAGUUUUAAAAGAGGCAUGGUCCAUUCUGCGCGAAAUUGUGUUACCCCAAGAACCCAUCCAGGCACCCAAAGAUGAGAGUUUAAACCCUUGCUGGUAUUGAGAUACAUUGGUGCGACCAGCUGACAUCCCUGCAAGUCUAAACAAAAACUAAACAUUAUUCUAAACCUUAUUUUUUUGUCUGAACUUCUUCCAAAUUUCUAGCCACUCUCGAUGAUUUGAAACUAUGUUGUUUCAACGUGAAAUUGUCCACUUGAAGUGUUAAAAAUUAACUUGUGGCUAGAAAUCUUGAAAAGUUACAACCACAGUGGCACAGGGGGAGGGUGGGUUAAAGGUCCAAGUAGAAAGUAUUAUGGUCUUUGGAUUGUCUCUUGGCUAAAACAAAAUCCACUACUGCUGCUCACUGUGGUUUUGGGGUAGUUUUUUUUUUUUUUUAAUAUAUCAGUGGAUGCCAUUGCAUUUGAAAGUAGCUAGAAAAUAGCUAAACACAAACAUGUAUGUGUCUUUACUUAGCUUUGCCAUCUUUAGGCUGCACUUUAAAAAUCACAAAAAAAACAAUUAAAAUAAAAAAAUCCAAAACUAAAAAUCCAAAAUGAAUAUAUAUUUUUUCAAAAACUAGCAUUGGCAUUCCCUGAUAGUAUAAAUAUGAACUAAAUAAUAUAAUUGAGAUUCACAAAUUUAAGGUAAGUUACUUUCUCUCCCUCCUUUAAAGGCAGUGAACACUAUUGGUAAUUACUCAAAAUAAUUAUUAGCAUAAAACCUUACUUGGUAACGAGUA